AUGGGAACGGUGGCUCCAAACUUGAUGGAAGUAUCUGCAACUGCAAGUGUUCACAAGGAAAACGGUGUGGUUGCCAACCCUCCAAAAGAGCUUGAUGCCGGAGCCUUGUUCGUCCUCAAAUCUCAAGGGUCGUGGUUGCAUUGUGGGUAUCACUUGACGACGUCCAUAGCGGCUCCCGCGCUUCUAAGUCUUCCCUUUGCGCUCACCUUGCUAGGCUGGGUUGGAGGACUCAUAUGCCUUGCCUUGGCUGGUUUGGUCACUUUCUAUUCCUACAAUCUUUUAUCUCUGGUUUUGGAGCACCAAGAAAAGCUUGGACAUCGUCAGCUUCGCUUUCGAGACAUGGCCAGAGACAUUUUAGGUCCUGGAUGGGGCAAAUAUUUUGUUGGUCCUUUGCAAUUUGGGAUAUGUUAUGGUGUUGUUAUUGCUUGCACUCUACUUGGAGGGCAGAGCCUUAAGUUUAUUUACCUGCUAUCCAACCCAGAUGGGAAAAUGAAGCUCUACCAAUUUAUAACUAUGUUUGGAGGCGUGACACUAUUUUUGGCUCAAAUGCCAUCCUUCCACUCCCUAAGGCACAUAAACCUUGUAUCUCUUAUCCUUUGCCUUGCAUACAGCGCUUGCGUCAUGGCUGGUUCUAUAUACAUUGGACAUUCUAAUAAGGCUCCUGUAAGGGACUAUACCGUGAAAGGAAGUGCAAAAGACCGCAAUUUUGGUAUCUUCAAUGCCAUUUCAAUCAUCGCUACUACAUAUGCAAGUGGAAUAAUUCCUGAAAUACAGGCAACUUUAGCUCCUCCGGUAAAAGGCAAGAUGUUCAAAGGCCUAUGUGUUUGCUAUAGUGUGAUAGUGACAACAUAUUUCAGUGUGGCAAUCUCUGGGUACUGGGCGUUUGGCAAUCAAGCAAUGGGAACAGUUCUUACUAAUUUUAUGGGUGAUGAGAAGCCUUUACUGCCUACCUGGUUUUUGCUCAUGACCAAUGUCUUCACUCUUUUGCAAGUUUCUGCUGUCACAGUGGUUUACUUGCAGCCAACAAAUGAAGUGUUUGAGAAAAAAUUUGCAGACCCAAAGAUGCCUCAAUUUUCCAUCCGUAAUGUUGUGCCGAGAUUGAUUCUCCGGUCACUGUCCGUCGUGGUAGCUACAAUAUUUGCUGCAAUGUUGCCUUUCUUUGCAGAUAUCAUGGCCUUGUUUGGGGCAUUUGGAUGCAUUCCUCUAGACUUCAUUUUGCCAAUGAUUUUCUACAACGUAACUUUCAAACCCUCCAAACAGAGCCUUAUUUUUUGGGUGAACACAUUGAUAGCAGGAGUUUCCUUCUUGUUGGUCGGGGUAGGGGUAGUGGGAUCUGUUCGACAAAUAGUUCUUGAUGCCAAAACAUAUCGCUUAUUUGCUAACAUCCUAUACACCUAUGCCUGUGCUGUCUUAUAUCUCUUACUGUCGUCAUCGUCACCUAAUCUUUUGCUGCCGCCACUAUCUAUCACCAUGUCAGAUGUCACUGACUCUUCUUCUUCUACUCCUAUUAUGACAGUUUAUACCGAAUCGUCCACCAACCUACCUAUGGGAUUCAAAUUGAAUGGAUCCAACUAUGAGAUAUGGGCUUCGAUGAUCGUACUCCAUGCUACUACACAAGGCAAAUUGGGUUACCUGACUGGCGACACUGAUGCCCCCGAUUCCAAAGACCCAAAAUUUGGGAAGUGGAAAAUUGCUGAUGCUAUUGUGAAAAGUUGGAUGUUGCGAACUAUGGAACCCAGUUUGUUGAAUAUGUUUCAUACUCUAACUACUGCUAAGGAAAUUUGGGAUGCUGUUAAUCAAUGUUUUAUGAUGGCUCUAACAUAUCACAGCUCUAUGAAUUGCGGUGUCAGGCUACCCAUUGUGUGUGAUUUUUUGGCUGGCCUUGACGGUACUUAUGACAAGAUUACUAUGCUUGGAUUUGGCACCAAGAUUGGGGAACCUGCUGUUGUGUUUGCUUCCAAAAACACUGCUUUGGUUUCUCAGCGUACAGGGUCUGGCUCUUCUGCUAUUCCGCCUCGUCGCCUGACUUUUGCAGAAAAAGACAAACUGAAGUGUGAUCACUGUGGUGAAAAGAGACAUACUAUCGACACAUGCUGGGCAUUACAUGGGGUACCAGAUUGGGAGAAUGAGCAGAGGCAUUUAAAAAAGGAACAACUGGAUAGCAAAGCUCAUGUGGCUGUUGCCCCCACUUCUAUGGCUGACAUCACCACUAGGCACAACCACCUUAUUGCUACUCCUCCUCCGACUUUGACCGCCAUCUCAAGCACUCCAACACCUCCGCCUUCUGGUAGCUUUGGCAAGGCUUUCCAUGCCCAUGAUACCCGAGAUACAGGUUGGAUUAUUGAUUCAGGAGCUACUGACCAUAUGACGUAUAAUUCUGCUUUAUUCUCUACUACUCUUCCGCCUCAUCAUGAUCAUGUUCUGACUGCUAAUAAUGAUGCUGCUCCUAUCACGAGUGUUGUUUCUAUACUCUUGACACCUGCUUUACCAUUGGACAAAGUGUUACUAGUUCCAUCUUUGUCUAGUAAUUUAUUAUCUGUACCGCAAGUUACUAAGCAGUUAAACUGCAUUAUACUAAUGCAUCCGUCUUUUGUCUUACUACAGGAUAUCCAGACUCGGGAGAUCUUUGGUCGUGGUACUAAAAAGGGGGGGCUUUAUUAUGUGGAUGAUGUGGCAACUAGUCGGGUUCUUCGUGCUGGUAAGAGUCAUCGGGUAUCCUACCCUCCAAGUUGUAAUAAACGACUUAUGCCAUUAGAUUUAGUUCAUUAUGAUGUUUGGGGACCUUCCCCAGUUUCUACAGCCUUGGGAGUUCAUUGGGUUGUGUUAUUUGUGGUGAUUGCACUCAUCCUUGCUGCUGCCCGUGCUCUACUGCUUGGUGCAUCAGUUCCAAAGCGGUUCUGGAUGGAUGCUGCUACCUAUGCAGUCUAUCUCUUGAAUCGUCUACCUUCACGAGUUUUGGAUUUCCAAACUUCUAUGCAGGUGUUUGGUUGUGUCGUCUAUGUUCACCUCCAUCAGAAUCAGAGGAGUAAGCUGGACCUAUGUGCUCUCCGUUGUGUCUUUCUGGGUUUCUCUCCUCAUCAGAAAGGUUAUCGAUGCUAUCAUCCUGCAACCCGACGUCUAUAUGUCUCUAUGGAUGUUACCUUUGUUGAGGAUGAAAUGUUCUUCUCUGAUACACCCGAGCAUGUCCUUCAAGGGGAGACUAGUAGUGAAGGACAUAGCUGGCUAGAUUUACAAGGGGAAGUAGUAUUGGAUAGUUUGAUGCAAAGGGAAGAACCGACUGAACCUGCUGAACCUACUAUUUUAACUGAUGUCACUACUGUUACUGAAUUGAUUGCCCCCCAUGAAGCUUCUCUAAUAGUACCCGAUCAAGCUCCCCUGGAUAUUCCUGAGGUAAGUGUUUCUACUCAUACUUCUGAUAAUUCUUAUGUUUUAUGGCCUAGACGAAACCGUGGGGUUCCACCUGAUCGUUACUCACCAAAAGGCAAAGCGAGAUAUGCUAUUGCCCAUUAUGUGUCUAAUCACAGGUUAUCUCCUAAGUGCAAAGCGUUUGUGACCAGAAUGGAUAAUAUUAAAAUUUCAACCCGUGUUGAGGAGUUAUUUAAUGAUCCAAAGUGGGCUGAAGCCAUGAAUAUUGAAAUGAAGGCGUUGCAAAAAAAUAAUACAUGGGACAUUGUUGAUCUACCAAAGGGAAUGAAGCCUGUAGGAUGCAGAUGGGUGUUUACAAUUAAAUAUAAUGCAAAUGGUAAUGUGGAGAGUAAACUUGGAUUGGACCCAGAGGCAAUUUGA